AUGGACGCGAGCGACGGCGAAUCCGUCGCACAAGCGACUCAUGCGACGGGCGAGGCCGCAAGCCUGCCAUUAAAUCGCGGCGAACCGUCAUCGCUCACCAAGAGAACCACCUCCCACCCUCCGAGCGUCCUACCUUCCUUCCUGCCGUCGUUUCAUCCCUCGUCCCUCCCUUCGUCCCUCCCUUCGUUCCUCCCGUCGUCUCUUCCGUCGUCCCUCCCAUCAUCGCUCUUCCCCUCGUUCCUCUUCUCCGCCGCCCACAAGCCCGCCAUCAUCGUCGUCGCGCUCUUCCUCGCCUGCCACGUCGUCUUCUUCCUCGAGUUCCCCGUCUCCUUCCGCCUUCCGCACACCGCUGUUAUCGAGGAAGCCCAUAACGAAGCAGCGCCGACCGGGCUAGUAGAGGACAGUAGAACCAGCAGUACUCUUUUUGGUAGUAGCAGCAGCAGCACUACUAGUGUUCCUAUUAGCGUUACUACUUCUCGGAUUGGAGAUUCAUCUUAUGGCGACGUAUCGAUACCCGUUAUAAGCCUCCUCGGGAUUUCUGAUUCCUGCCUCCGCCUCUUUCGCGAAAGGGCCGACAACAGCUUUCCUGAUUUCGCCGGUAACAACACUUUUGCCCACUCUAACGCCACGAAGAUAUCCGAUGCCGCUGGCAGCAGCAGCACGGCAGCAGGUGGAUCUCGGUCUUCCGCGGGCGGAAGUGCAGCGGAGUUAGACGCGUGUCGAACACGCCUCCUCGAGGCCUUUCGGCGGCUGGCCCUUCGCGCUCAGCGGGCGGAGCAGGUGGCGCAGGGGGCGCGUGCGGAGCAGGCGGGGGCGGAGGAGGGGGAGAAGGGGGAGCAGGGAGAGCAGGCGGAGAAAGGGGUGCAGGGGGGGCAGGAGGGGGAGGAGGAUAAGGUGCAACUAACGACGCUUAAAUCCGAGGCUAGCAGCACCACCGAGCCACCCACUGCGGCUAGUACUAGCAACAACACCGAGCCUCCAACCGAGGCUAUUAGCAAUAACACCGAGCCUCCGACCGAGGCUGAGGUGGCGGAGCAGCAGGGUGGUUCGGUGGGGCAGGUGUGUUCGGAGGGUUGGAAACGCGGUGUGCUGGCACGCGCUGCCGGCAGCAGCUACAUCCGAGCGGCUGUAGCGGCGAAUUCAGGGACGAAUGAGAACCUCGGAGCAGCUGUAGCAGCGAGUAUGGCGGGAAUAGAGGGCAUUGCGGCGGGUAUAGAUGAAGUGUGUGCGGGGGUGAAGGAGGUGGAGAGGCGUCUGGUGGGUGGAGGGCAGGAGAACGGCUGUCACGGGGGCGACGGGAGUGAUGCAAACGAUAAGAGCGGUGGGAGUGGCGGGAUUGGUGGGAGUGGCGGGAUUGGUGGGAGUGGCGGGAUUGGUGGGAGUGGCGGGAUUGGUGGGAGUGGCGGGAUUGGUGGGAGUGGCGGGAUUGGUGGGAGUGGCGGGAUUGGUGGGAGUGGCGGGAUUGGUGGGAGUGGCGGGAUUGGUGGGAGUGGCGGGAUUGGUGGGAGUGGCGGGAUUGGUGGGAGUGGCGGGAUUGGUGGGAGUGGCGGGAUUGGUGGGAGUGGCGGGAUUGGUGGGAGUGGCGGGAUUGGUGGGAGUGGCGGGAUUGGUGGGAGCAAAGAGCGAUGCAAGCAGUGGCCUGAAAGCUGCUGGCCGGUUCCUGGGGUGCCUCUUUCCCUCUCACACAAGACCCCCUCCCGCCCUCGCUUCCUGGUGUUUGGCUUCUCAGGCAAACCAACCACCCUUGCGCGGAUGGAUGUGGUGGAGGCAGCGAGGAUAGCCCACAUGGCCGGCCGCAUUCUGGUGCUGCCCAAGGUAGGAAACAACGAGAUCUCUUUCGCGCGCUCCCUGCCCCUCUGCGCCUACUGGGACCUCUUCAACCUCUCCCAAGCCGCCAGGCCUAUGGUUGACAACCUCAAAUUCAAAAACAGACCAAAGAACGACACUCCUACCGCCUCCCAAGCCUCUGGGUCGCCUGGGGAGCUGCCGAGCCUGCCCCACGUGGCUUGGAUGUCGCCGGACCUCUUCCUGCUGCUCGCCCGCGCUGCUGCUGCUGCUGCUGCUGCUGCUGCUGCUGGUGCUGCUGCUGCCUCUCCCCCAACCGACGGCUCUGAUACCAGUGGCUCGAAUUUCACUUCAGAUGUUUCGGGCGUUGCUGGGCUGAGAAGCCCCGCGGUGGGCUUUGUGUGGGUGCAGUCGCGGCACGCCCAGCAAGCUCCCUUUUGCCAUGAGCGUCUAUCAGCCAUGAUGGGCCAUCUACUGCCAUACGCCAUGGGCCACGUACCUCUCCCCUCCAACACGCUCGACCUGCACCUUCCGGUGCGAGGCGACACCGUUCAAGUUCUCAUGCAGGCUUGGCACGAUAAAGACGUGGUGGUGUGGGUGAAGGCAGCAGCAGGCAUGAUCGAAUUCGACCCACCCACAGGCAGCCUCGCCUUGGACGCUCUGCCCUACAGCAGGCAGCUGCAUGUACUCGCUACAAGGCUGCUCGGUGCUCUGAAUAAGAGUGUCAUGGCCGUGCGCUUGCAACCUGACGUGAUCUCGUGGAGAGUGAAGCGAGAAGCGGAGCAGCAAAGAGCAAACGCUUCAGCAGGGCAGCAGGAAGGCUUGGAACAGCCAGGCUCGGAGCAGCAAGGCUCGGAUCAGCCAGGCUCAAGUAGGGUGAAAGGAGGAGGGGAAGGCGGGGAAGAAGGGGAAGGAGGGGGAGGAGGGGGAGGAGGAGGAGGAGGAGGAGGAGGGGGAGGAGGAGGGGGAGAGGAGCAAGUGCAACAAUGGAUGCAGGGGUAUGGCAGGGAUGCGAGAGCGAAUCAAUUACACACCGUCACAAUCAACGAGCUCCUGCCAGCUGUCGCAAGAUAUGAUCCCGGAGUGUUGGCGAUUCUUGACAAGCUUGUGUGCUCUUAUGCCGAUUCCCUCUCCCCUCCCCACCAGCCCCUCUCCCCUCCCCACCAGUCCCUCUCCCCUCCCCACCAGCCCCUCUCCCCUCCCCACCAGUCCCUCUCCCCUCCCCACCAGCCCCUCUCCCCUCCCCACCAGCCCCUCUCCCCCUCCCCACCAGCCCCUCUCCCCUCCCCACCAGCCCCUCUCCCCUCCCCACCAGUCCCUCUCCCCUCCCCACCAGUCCCUCUCCCCUCCCCACCAGUCCCUCUCCCCUCCCCACCAGUCCCUCUCCCCUCCCCACCAGUCCCUCUCCCCUCCCCACCAGUCCCUCUCCCCUCCCCACCAGUCCCUCUCCCCUCCCCACCAGUCCCUCUCCCCUCCCCACCAGUCCCUCUCCCCUCCCCACCAGUCCCUCUCCCCUCCCCACCAGUCCCUCUCCCCUCCCCACCAGUCCCUCUCCCCUCAGUCCCUCUCCCCUCCCCACCAGUCCCUCUCCCCUCCCCACCAGUCCCUCUCCCCUCCCCACCAGUCCCUCUCCCCUCCCCACCAGUCCCUCUCCCCUCCCCACCAGUCCCUCUCCCCUCCCCACCAGUCCCUCUCCCCUCCCCACCAGUCCCUCUCCCCUCCCCACCAGUCCCUCUCCCCUCCCCACCAGUCCCUCUCCCCUCCCCACCAGUCCCUCUCCCCUCCCCACCAGCCCCUCUCUCCCCUCAUUGGCAGGACCAGCGUGCUUCACCUUCUUCCUCACAGCACCAGCUGCUUCCCUCCUCCGCUCUCUCUUCAGCCCAUUAUCCACUCCUUCACGAGCAGCACACUCACUCUCGAGCACACCACCCCCCAACCCACUCACUCUGCUGCUUCUACAGCUGA